ACAGUCUCAAGUCAGCCUCCAGUCCAGACCUUUUGUCUCUCCGCUCCAAACAAGGCACAGCACGUCAGAUCCAACACAACUCCAAUAGCGACGUUGUCGCCAUCACCGCCACCAUCGUGUUUGUUGUUCAUCUCAUCCUCUGUUUACACCCACAACGGCCAAACCGAGACUCCGAGAAGACUUUCGAGAGACAACGUUUGGCUUCUUACUCAACCGUCGCCAAUAGUUCCUCACCCUUUCCGGACCACUAGCGCUCCAAACAAACCUAACGCGAGAACCCCACCUCACUUGCCCACGCUCUGCCCUCCUGCAGCUGCGGCCUGCCCGACUUCAUCACCGACGUGCAUCCCAGGUCCCAUUAAUAUUACCUAUUCUCUUUCUUCACACUCAAAGCCCGGUCUGCUUCACGGUCCCCCUUCCACAGUCCGGCGCGACUCAGGUUCAUUCGCUUUUCACUUUCCCUUUUCGACGCUGCACACUCGUGGGCAGAAUUCCGCACAUUCAACCAUGGCAUCAACAAAACAGCACUCGCGCUCCUCCGCGUCCUCCACUUCCUCCAAUGGCUCCUCAUAUCAGCUCAUCCUCGACCACAUUCUGACCUAUCCCGGAAACUAUGAGCUACCUCUACGGACCAUGCACGCAUUGAAUACGGCACAACGAGGCUCCCGUCGAUCCGGCUCUCCUUCCUCCAGCCAUGGCAGCAGUGGUAGCUCACCGGCAACACCACAGGGUGCAUUCCCCACGGCUCAUACACCAACCUUCACCGAAGACCUCCUCGCUCAAGUGUCACAACUGUCAAAAGCCUCUGCCUCAUUGCCACCCAGCUUCAUCAUCGAGUUCGCCCAAAAGUGCUUCUUGUCCGAUUUGAAAGACGUCGACUUCCCUCAAGCUCUCACCGGUCUGGACUACCUCAAGGAUCUGGAGAUGCGGAGACGGCGCGAGGUUGCUUCUGCCAUGUCCCGUCUCCAAAUCGAUCGCAAGUCUCUCGACCAGAAUGCUUCCGGCUUGUUGCACAUGUCUCCUGAAGUGCUGCAAUGGGUCAAGUCGGUGGAGGAGAAGGAGCGAAAGAUUGAUCACCUCUACACAUCAGUCUUCGUGGGCAUUCGACGGUGGAUUCUGAUCAACGAAUUCUCUCUUCUUCCCUUCCACAAGCACAACUGCGUCGGCAUGCUCAACACGCUCUACCCACCGCUUGGCCUGAACGACCAACCCACCAGUGCUCUCUCACAUCACGUCCUCAAGGAACAACGUGAGCAGUACUUCAAGUACAUUUCCGCGGUGGAGAAGAAUGGUCCACGCGUACUGGGCAACCUCAUGAGGCAAGGAAAGGGACCAACUGACGAAUUUGGCUGGGAAUCAGUAGUUCGCACUCUGGGCCACUACAUGCAACUCGCAAAGAGCAUGAUUUCCGAAUGCGAAGUCCUCUACGACGUGCAGGACCUCUCUUCUCGCACAGUUAUCCGCUCGUCAUCCCGCCAUCAACGCAAAGCCGACUCCGGUAUCAGUUUCGGCAGCACUUAUUCCAACGACUCGUUGCCUUCGCCCGUCGACUCGAACCGCCCGACUUCCUCCUCGAGCAGCAAGUCCAGACAGCGCACAUCAUCCAACGCCUCAAAUACCGCGCUUGAGAGACUCGCUCGAGGACUUCGGACCAUCGGUCGCUCUCGCACCGAUCCAGGCAUGUUGCGCAAGAUGCGCAGCAUGGGCAGCUUAUCUGAUCGCAAGGCCAGCAGCAGCAAUUUGAAGACCAUGCCGGCAUUUGAUGUUGAGGAGAUGAGGAAGCAGAGAGCAUUGUACGAGAAGAAGAACGAGAUGAAGAGGGGGAGCCACGAAAUUUGA